ACACUAUAAAGGCCCUAGUCUGUCAGCGCUACAACCGAGGAAGUUUAUACCUUUCUUCCAGGCUGGUGGAGCCUGAGCAAGUACUGGAAUUGUCAUUUUCCAACGCACCAUCAAGAAAACAUUUGCUCAGUGGCAUUUGGCUCCUCAGUCGGCCUUAACAUCAAGAAACACUGCCUUACUCCACCUGUUAACUGCGAACCCAAGUCUACCCUAAACCUCUGCAAUGAUGCAAAUUAGCAGUGACCCAGCCAGCAACAAGAACUCCCUCAUCAAUGUGAUGCACCGCUUCAUUGCUGCAACCAACAACAUGGAUGAAACUAUCAUGGUGCCCAGCCUGUUGAGGGAUGUGCCCCUGGAGGAACAGGAGAGCCAGCAGGUUGAGGUGGUGGAGAACAACAAUGAGCUGUCCUACCCUAACAAGCAGAGGGACAUGUAUGAGCACUACCUCCUCCUCAAGUCCAUAAAGAAUGACAUGGAGUGGGGCCUGCUGAAGAGGGAGAUGAGCGGCGGGGCCAGCUUCCUGGAAAUGGCAGUCAAGCAAGAGGAGCAGCAAUCGAUAACCAGGGGGCUCCCUGUCGACGAGAGCUCAGAUCUGGAGGGCCAGUUCCACUACCACCUCAGGGGACUGUUUGGCGUCCUGUCAAAACUCACAGUGCAAGCAGACCACCUCACCAACCGCUACAAGAGGGAAAUCGGAGGUGCUAACUUCAUGAGAUAGGGUCCCAUCUGCCUGAACCUGGUCUGCGUGACUCAAACCGUGGUGUCAUGGAAGACCUCUUGCCCCUAGUGCAACAGGGUGGUGGACUGACCAGCGCAACUACCUUAUGAUUUCUUUGACUCCUGUCUUGAGUAGUAACAAUCCACCCCCACUCUGUCACUUGCUUCCCAAGCCUCCACUAAUCAUAAAUGUAUACCAAUCUGACACUUGCAUAUGUUCCUGACUGUAAGGUCAUAUCUGAUUCUGUAAACAGUUGAUUGUAAGUUCAUCAGGUUGACAUUUUACGAUUAUUGGCUGUUAGAGUUUUCUGAUAUUGUAUUUGGAGUCUAGUUGACACAUGGCUCUGGUAGAUGUACAAACUUCCCAUAGUCUUCAUUUCAAAUCCAAACAUUAAUUUGUGGAUUCACAUGUAUGUCAGUGGAAUUGGAUGUCUUUAACUGUCUCGCAAGGUUUGACUAGGAGUAUUUGGAAUGCUGGUUGUUCUGUCCCUCCUUAAAAUGUAAAGGACACUUGUUUAAGCGCCUUUAUUUAAAAUAUAAAGUUUAUUCAUCUUAUUGCUCAUGAUGAAAUGUGGCGUGCCUUGAAUUUUUAUAACUCAAAGUCCUGCUCAGAUGCCCCCUACUGUUUGGUACACUUUGUUUGAAUGGCAACCUACUUUUCUUUGUCAGACUUCUGUAACACCACUUAAUUGUUAUGUAUUGUCCUUGGAUAUUUCAAUUUUUAUAUUGGGCAGCAAUGCAGUACAACUAUAAAAUAAUAAACUUCACCUGUUC